AUGUUAUAAACAAUAUAAGCUAUAUUCGGACUAUUUGUAUUGCUUAAAAUCUUCUACUAUUUUAUAAUGCUUAUCUUAAAGUGUUUAGGCAUUGUUAAAUGGGAAGAUGAAUCUCCUCAGCAAUAAAAUUAGUUAUAGUAAUAAGUAGAACAAAAUACAUCAAUUAUAUAAAAUUCUCAUUAAGAGAAAAAAGAGAAUGAAAAAACUAAGAAAAAGAAAUCAAGUAAACAAAAAAAAUAGGAAAAGGUUAUGAAAAGUAUGUUAGAAAAGAAGGAAGAUGAAGUGAAGUUGAAAUAAAAUGAAUAAAAAUAAAUUGUCACUUAAUAAUAAAUUGAAUUUCAUAGAAUGGAAAUGUAAAGGUUAUAGGAUUUAAAAAGAAUAGAGGAAACUUUGCGUUAAGAAUAAAAAAAGGAAAUUGAAAGAUAAGUUUAACUAAAACUUGAAGAAUUAACAAAUAAAUUGUAAAACAAAUAAUCUGUAAAUAAGUAAUAAUAAAAAAAGAGUAAAAGAUGA